AUGAAUUCGCCAGCUUUUGCUACGCCUCAAGCUACUCCUUUGACUUCACGGACGACAUUCUCUGGACUCUCUGUACCAAGAUGCAGUGCCGCCGCUCCACGAGUGUACAUUGUACCAGAAAUGACUCGAUUCGCACCUCGAAUGCUUGCCGCCCCUUCCGAAGAAGUAGGGGAGAACAAUACUGAAAUCCCGACCACUGAAAGCAUGAUCGGGAUCGAUGAUGCGCCAGUUGAUAUAGGUUCCGUUGCAACUGCAACAAUGGAACCGGAGGAAGAUGAAGACAGUGAAUAUGAGCCAUGUGCCCCUCCGCAGCCUUUUAUAAAUGCGCAGAAUGUAUCGGCAGCGCAACAGAAAUUCAAGCGACACGAGACGGAUUCUGGGUCACCCGAGUUUCAGAUCGCAACUUUAACGACGAGAAUUGCUUAUCUUACGGAUCAUCUCAAGAAAAACCCGAAGGACUUUUCGUCGACGAGAGGUUUAUUGAUGAUGGUGUCGACGAGACGCAGGCUACUCAAGUUCUUAAAGAGAGAGGACGAGCAGCGGUUUACUGAUAUCAUCGCCGGGCUGAAUAUUCGCGUUUCGCAGCAGAUUCGUGAACUCUAAUUUGUAGAGCGGAAAGUUCUGCGGGAGUGGGGACGCAAGUGCAGUUACGGCUUUAUAAACUUGGAUACCCUUUAAUACACACAUUGGGCUUUGUUCAUGUCGCGUAUGUUUUGGACUUGUGGCUCGUUUUAAUCAAUGUUGUCGACGAUGGAAACUCCUGUCAAUAUUGUUGAUGACUGGGAUUCUAUUUGCGUAGUUUUGAAAGUCUCGGUGUGCGGUAAUCGAGGGAAGGGAUAGGGGUCCUACUUGAACAGAGUGCUCCGUUGGCGCGGGCGUGGGAGAUAGGCUGUAUGAGUCGAUUGACAGUCUGGUGCUGUGAUGUGGGCCGGUAAAUAUUUUGUUAAAAAGGAUAAAUGUUUCGCAAAAAUUCAGGCAGGGCGGAGCAGUGACUUUGCACUUCAACGCUUUACAGCGAGAAACAAAUCGGUCGCAACGACUGCGUAAAGGUUGCCUCUUGACUU